AUGAUGGACUCUAUCUUAGACAGUCUGACAGCGGAGAAACUCUACCCGGUCGGCGGGUCCAACCUGUUGGACCUGGAGGAACUCAGCGAUGGAGAUUUCCUCACUAAUGUGCCUUUCUCAGGUGACCAGAUGGACGACUUCAGCAGUGAAUUAUUCAGCAGUUUUUUUGAAGACCAUCUAUUAGAGCGGCCCCUUCUGGCAGACAGACCUUCACCUUUACACAUGGAUAUCGAGGAGAGCAGCCCAGAUAUUCAAGCAGAGCACAGCUACUCUUUAAGCGAAGACUCCGCCCCCCAGAGCCCAGCCCUGUCAAUCCAUAUGGACCAUGAGUCUGAAUUCGAAUGGAGCUUCAGUCAGGACCUUUCAGCCAUCUUGGUGAAACAGGAGGAGCCGGAUGUGGGUCAAAGGUUAGAUCCUCAGCCUCACGAAGGCCCGCCUCUCAUAUUAAGCCCUGCGCCGCCACACAGAGGGUCCCCAUGGAAAUGCACGGAGGUCAGUCAAGACAGCGUGAAGCCGGUCGCCAUCAAAGAUGAACCCAGAGAGAUUGGACAGUUCCUCAGCCUGCCCAGCGACGAUGCCCUCCAGCUCCCGCCCACCCCUCCCAGCAGUAACCACGGCGACAGUGACGGCUCACUCCCUCCGUCCUCCCCUCACCUCCCUCUGCCACCGUCUUCCCCUCAACCACAACAGAGGCCAGGAGGUCGAGCCUCCUCCUCCUCCUCUUCUUCCUCCUCCUCCUCCUCUUCCACAGCCAUCUCCUCCUCACCUCUCCUGACUGCGCCACAUAAGCUGCAGGGUUCAGGACCCCUCUUGCUGACAGAAGAAGAGAAGAGGACACUGGUUGCCGAGGGCUACCCGGUACCUAACAAACUUCCUCUCACUAAGAGCGAGGAAAAGGCACUGAAGAGGGUCCGACGGAAGAUUAAAAACAAGAUCUCAGCUCAGGAGAGUCGGAGGAAGAAGAAAGAGUACGUGGAAUGUCUGGAGAAAAAGGUGGACAGCUACACGUCAGAAAACAGCGACCUGUGGAUAAAAGUAGAAAACCUGGAGACCGCCAACAGGUCUCUCCUUCAGCAGCUCCAGAAGCUUCAAUCAUUGGUUUCAGGAAAGGUGGUGCCCCGCUCUUGUAAAAUAGCCUCAACUCAAACAGGGACAUGCCUCAUGAUGGUGGCCGUGUGUUUUGUCCUGGUGUUGGGCUCCUUCUCUCCCUGCCUCUCCCCCCUCUCCUUCCUCACUCACACCUCCUCUUUGUCCUCAUCCUCCUCUUCCUCCCAUCCUUCCUCCUCUCCUCCUCUGCCGUCAGCGGACCUCUACACCACCAGUCAGGUCCGUUCCCGCAGCCUGCUCUUCUAUAACGAAGAGGCUCCAUUGGAGGAGAGCGUAGUGACAUCAGAAGAGGGGCGGCUACAGUCGGACAGCCAAAUCCAGACAAGCCGAUACACAGCUGAGGCUCAGAGCAUCAACCAGACAACUGAGCCCGAGUCAGACCGGAGGGAAACAAAACCAGAAGGAGUCUCUGAGUUUUUCUGACACAGCCCGACCAUGACGUCUAACCUCUGACCCCCUUAAAAAAGCCCAAAACCUCCAGAUUCCACAAUCAAACUGGACCAGAAUCUCAGUCCACCAUCAACCCCUUCUAGUGAGACACGUGAAAAGACUUCCUCCCAUCCUCCAGAGCCGGUAUUCUGCCUGCACGACACGCGGUGCUUCACUUAAACAGACUCUGCUACACCUGAAUAUACUUGAUUUUAAAGGGACCAUUUUAUUGAAAUGUCUACUUUUAUGCAUUAAAACAUCACUUAAAACAAUCAUGAAGAAUAUUUUCGAGAUACAUUAAAAACAUAGGGCCUUAUUAAAAACUUAUAGAUGCAAUUUGUAGCAUUUUAACUAAAAUAUCACCACAAACUAGUUGGACCAUUGCCAAAAAGAAGGAUGAUUUGAGCCACUUAAGCUGUGAUCAUGUGAAAAGGGUAUUAUUUUGUCUUGUCAUGACAGACCUGAAGCAACAUCGAGAUUUAUGGGAAAUAUGGUCUUAAAGAUGAGAGAAAUGAUACACCUUUGCACCUCAUGAAUCAACUCAUGAUUAUAAAUACAUGUAUAUGGAUACUUGACGGACCUGUAUUUGAUGUAUUGUAUGUAUUUUACUUCCAAGGCGCUCUAGAUGCACUACAUCAGGUCCGUGCUUUAAGUUUUAACCAAUCAACAAAGGGCUGCAACUAACGAUUAGUUCGGUUAUUUUUGUGAUUAAUCAAUUAAUCCUCACAUCAAAGAAGCUAGAACUAGAGAGUAACAUCAUUAAUGACACUUGUGUUGCUUCUAACAUGUUACAAAACUUAAUCAUGAAAAUGAACACAUCCUUCUAAAAGGGAGCUGUGCCAUUUUAAAAGUGCCUUCCACUUACUUUCGUCAAAUAUGACCAACUUGGCCUUAAACUUAAAGCCCACACACGCAGCUAUAAACCUGGAAAAGUAACUCUAACUAGAUAACAUAGUGUUUCUUAUAAGUAAUCCUAAACUGGAUCAAUGUUCAGGAUUUAUC